CCCGGCAGGCCCCGCGGCGGGAGCGCCGGGCCGCAGCCGAGCGCCGCCCGCUGCCCUCGGCCUCCGUUCCGUGCGCCGGGCCCUUCUCCCGCCGCUCCCGCCAUGCGCCACAGCCUCACGCAGCUGCUGGCGGCCUCGGCCGGCGGGGCCAGCCCCUCGGGCGCCGUCUGGCCGCUGGCCGGAGCGGGGCAAGCCCCGAGAGGGCGGGAUGGCGGCGGGGAAGGGGACCCGGGCCCCGCGCGGCCCAAACCGCAGCCGCCGCCGCGGCGGGAGCCCCCGGGCGCCUCGGAGCCGCGGCGGCAGGAGAAGGAGGCCGAGGCUCCCGGCGGCCCGCUGGAGGUGUGGGAGCAAGAGGACUGGUUCCCGGGGCUGGAGCUGGGAGACCUGCUGGAGGCGGCCCGGCCGGACUGGGACCUGGACGCGGAGCUGAGCGACUGCUUCUGUGGGGACCCGGAGCCGCUGCCCGCGCCGGGCAAGGGCCCGCGGCCGGCGGCGCCCGGGCGGAGGAGCGGCGGGGCCGGGAGUCGGCUGAAGGCGGCGGCGGCGGCGCGCUUGAACCGGCUGAAGAAGAAGCAGUACGUGCUGGGGCUGGAGAGCCGCCUGCAGGGCCUGGCUGCCGAGAACCGGCAGCUGCGGGACCGCAACCGCGGCCUGAGCCGCCGCCUGCGAGAGCUGGAGCGGGAGAGCAGCUACCUGCGGGCUGUGCUGGCGAACCAGAGCGCGCUGGGGCAGCUCUUGAGCCGCCUGGCCGGGACCCGCGCCGGCGGGCUGCAGCUCAGCACCAGCCUCUUCAGGGACACGGGCAGCCCCCGCCGCCAGCACCAGCAUCUCCAGCCCGCCGGCGAGAGCAGCGACCACGACUACGCCCUGCCCAGCUCCCGGCCCCGCGGGCUGGAGGAGGAGGCGGCCGUGCCUGAGACGGAGGAGGAGUGGGCGGCCCCCGGCGGGAUCUGCCUGCACGUGGACCGGGAUCAGGUGUCGGUGGAGUUCUGCUCCAUCUGUGCUCGGCGGGCAGCGGCCUCCUUCAAAAUGUAGGGUCAAGUACCUGCUGCAAGUACUCGUGGGGUUCUCACCCGUCAGGGCCUCGCGUCGCGGCGGAGGAAGCAGGCGAUGGUGCGGAGGAAAAGAAUCCAUACAGUGGUGAUGGGGUGGUAUUGGGGGAGAUGCAAAGGAGGGGAACCUGGCGCUUACUUAAGUGGCCAGGGUAACAAAAAUUCUCUCGAACGGCAUGUUGGGAGCCAGACGGUGGCCUUGGUUUAAGGUCCUGUAAAUCUGGCGUGUGGACGGUAGUGGUGUGAGCCUGUUUGGCGAUGGGAGUCGCGCAGAGCUGUGUGCAGCAGUGCGACAGUGGUCGUGCAGACUGACGCGCGUGGUGCACACGCCGAGGUGCCGCCAGAGCCCGUUCGCAGCACUUGGGUGAAAAGAUCAUGCCGACUUGAUGCAUGAAGGUGUGCUCGGCUCCACUUCGCAGUAAAGAUAAUGCUGACUACCCGGUCUUGAGUCAGAUAAUGUCUAGCCUGCUUAUCCUGAGGAGCCGAAAAUGCUUGCUUAGAAAACCAAACAAAAACUCCAUUAUGACAUCGUCACUGGACAGACUUAAGAAAAUAGUAAUGAUCGGCAAAAGAAAGCAUGCAUAUAAAAUUGUACUGCAUCUCAGUUAUACAUUACUAUUAAAACCUCUCUGACAGUUUCUCUUUUAGGUGGUUGCCCUGCCAGGCUCCGUUGUGUAGGGGUUAAAGAACAGUCGUUUUCCACCUCGCAACCUGUGGAUUCAGCUGUGUUGGGGCAGAAGAGACGGGACCAGCUGCUGGCCACAUUUCCUGCUUUAUUUUAAAAGGUAGUAUAAGAAAUGAGAAUAAAGAGGUAACAGGGCUUUUGCUGUCUUUGGUUAAAAAAAAGAAGUUGAAUGCUGGGAUUAUUUACUGUCAUCCAAGAUGAUUUUUUUUUAAAAGGCAGUAGUCUAUCAAACAGGUUUUACUCCACUGUAUGCAGAAUUCCAUCUGUUCAGGGGAUAUUGCCAGCACAAAAGAGACUUAGUGGGAUAUGUGUGACCUUACACCUCUGCGGUGGCAUCAACAGGGCUGUUCAAAGUUUCAGUCUUAACUUGGAUAACUCUGCUGUAGCUUAUGGGUUAUACCAGUGAACAGGAGUCAGAGUUAACCACCAGGACCUGCACUGACUAGGAUGCAAAAUGGAAAUAAUUUAGAUUCAACCUAAUCUCAAGCUGCCUAGUUCAGACUUCAUGAACGUGCUUUAUUUUUCAGUUUAAUGUGCUUGAGGAAAAGAGAAACACUAAUUUAGCAAGCAUGGGAUGUUCCAGUGGCAUUUUUAUGGUUACUUCAGUGUAGGAGUGUUUUUUAAGUUAAUUUAAAUAUGCAUUCUUUCUUGUCGCAUCACUGCUGAAUGGCAGGGUCAGGGACAGUUCUUCUGGCCUCUGCUGUGAACCUGCACAAUGCUCUGUUGUGACACGACCUGUGGCUGUGUCUGAGAGCAGCUGAUUUUCUGACAUACAAAAUUAUGUAUUGUGGUACAAGAACAAGGUCAAGUCCCAAGAAAGUCAGUGGCUGCAGGCAUUUCUAGUGCCUACUGAAUCAUAUUUAAACCAAAUAGAAGGGAGGAAGUUAUUUGAAACUAACCAGCUGUACUAUCUGUAUGGUGUAUUAUUAAUGUAGCUUUUUGAAGUGAAAGCCUUGAAAUGACAUAACUUAAUACUUGAAAAUAUAUUGUAAAUGUUUCUUUGUAAUUAUGUGCCAUUCAGAUGAGAAUACAAUAUCAUAAUAAAAUCAGACUUGUUGAUCUUUCAGUUUAUGGGCUCAAAUGUUUUUUCAUCUUUUUCUUUUCAUGAAUGACUUGGUUCUUUUAAAAAAGUGGUAAAACAGAAAGGGGAAAAUGUUGCUGCUAUCUCUGGGUCAUCAACUGGAAAACACAAUAAAAUGGAUCAGGUUGUGCAGGAGAAAUGUUCUUGCUCUUUGGAGGUAAUUAUGUGGUGAGGACAACACAAAAGUGUUAUUCCUUGAACUGCAGAUAGAGCUGUACUUCUGAGCAUCAGCACUUCUUGUAUUUCGUAGUUGUUCUUAAUUUUUUUAUUAAUAUGGAUAUGUUUGAUCAGUAUACCGUGGAGGAGUAAAAUAGUUACAUAAACCCUCCUGUGGUUUAUUGGCAUCUUCCUCCUUUCUGUUCUGUUUUUAGGCUCUGAAGUUUCAUGACUGGUUAAUUACAUGGUGUUGAAUCACAAUCUUUGAUCAAAUUGCUAUUUCCACCCCUAAACACUGGAGUGAGUGUUAAAAACAAAAGUUGACAGUGCUGAAAGGACAGAACAUUUUCAUGGCUCCAGAGUGGGCAGUGCACUGUAUGUUCAGAUUUCUGUUCAUCUUAAAUGCUUUAUUUGCAGAGGACAGUUUAAAAUAGUGCACUGGCUUGCUAGCAUGAGGGAAUUCUAGUGAAAGUGGUCUGCAGCUUGAUAAAAAGGAGAAUUUCACAAAAAAUACUGCAUAAAAAUGUAAAAGCAUACAAACAUGCUCUGCCUUUUUGGCCUCUAAUUGUAGAAAAUACCCUGUUCAGCAGUGAAACGUGUUUGGUAAAUUGUAUGUACCACAGAACCAAGUGCUGCCAGUGUUCAGCUGCACAGCUGUGCUACCUGCAUUUACCCUUUUUGUCUUCUCAACAGAGUCACUUGAAGACUAUUUAGCGUUUAAAUAAGAAACAAUUUCAUGCUCAGUUCUCCUUUAGUCUUUUGGAGUUUGAUUUUGGUGCUGUGGCUCUUGGUAAUAUUCUAAAUUAACUUCUCUUUCCUCUGAAGAGCUUUGCAGCAUCCGGGAGUUAAAAACAAAUCGGUGUUUCUGCAAUCUGUAGCUGCCUGGAGAGAUGAUAUCAAAGGAAAUGCAGGGAGCCAUGUUCCAGCACUUGGCAUUUCCAGAUAGUCAGAUUUCUCAUGCCAUUUGUCAAAAUUUUAAUCAGUUUUCCCUGUGAAACAUAGGGAUCUUUGGCAAAAUCCAAAGGCCCUUUGAACAUUUACUGAUUUUUAAAAUGCUGUGUGUUCUGGAGUUUGUAGUUAAGGAGGUUUUCUGCUGGAAUCUGCAAUAUUCUGGCUAUUGGGCUGUAUUACUGUUAGUUACACUGUAAAAUGUCUGAAGGAUAUGUUAGGUAUGGGAGCUGUUCAAAGGACUCUGUUUAAAGAACACCCUCUGCAAAAAUUGCAUGUUACCAGCUGCUGAUUCUACAUUUUCCCACCCAGUUUAAGUGGGAUAUGCAGAUGUGGAGAAAUAACUCUGCCUGUGCUCAUUAGCAGGAGGAUGCCAAGGGCAGGACUUGCACGUGUACCAGGAGGAUUUGCAGGAGAAGUAGCAUACAUUGUAAUGUGGAGACAGCAUUUAGAAUGGUGCAUCUGCAAGAAAAAAAGUGGAGCUUUUUUAGUAUUUCUCUUGGCUCUUAUCUGUAGCUGUUCUUGGCAUUCUUUUGGCCAUAGCUGAGACUUGCAGUAGCCUGAAGUCCUUUCUGUGGGAUAUGUAGCUGUGCCUGGCUUGUUUCCACCACAAUGUGGAAGAAAGGAUCCAGCUGACACCUGCUGUCACUCAGUGUUUGUGGAGAGUGUAUUACAGUUGCCAGAGGCCAAGGACUGGUUCUUGGGGGUUGUAGGAGAUAGGUCAUAUCCUGUAUGAAACAGGAAUGGAAGGAACAUUCCCAGAUUCCUGUGCAGACACUCCUCCACAUGCAUGCAUGUCAGAAGUGGGAUAGUGUCUUGGUGUCCUGUGGAAUUCUGAAACAAUUUCAGACUUUAUUGGUUGACUUCUGAGAACAGUUCUUCCCCUCAAUAGUUUGAGAAGUACAGAGGCUGUAGCUGAAGUUCCUUGUUCACAAACACACCGACUUUCUAGUCUCAGGAGCGUUCAGCUGACCUUUGAUGUGACUAGUUAAAGUACGUGCCUGCAAUCUGUGUUCAUCAGUGAUGCUGGAAAAAAUAUCAGUCUUUGCAACUUACUAAAAAUGUUGAGAAAUAUAACUUUUUUUUUUUUUUUUAAUAUACAAUCUUCACCUUUCACUUCAAGAAAUGAGUAUCUAAAAGGAUGUGGUUUGUCCAGGUCAGACCACUAAAUAUCAGAACAUGCAUUUUGGUGACUGAGGAUAAUUAUCACUUCAAUUUAUACCACAAUGAAAGUAGUAGUAUAUGGAAGGGAAGGUCCUUUUGAAUCUCACCCUUUAAUAAGCACUGGAAUCUGUUUAGAGUAUUUUAACUAUAUAAUGUUAAACAUUUGCAAUAAGCAUUGAGCCAAUCAUUGUCAUUCUUCAAGAUACUAUUGCACAAUAACACAUUUAUUUUAU